GGGCAAACCAAAAGUGAGCUAGAGGGAGUGAGCGAGAGAGAGAGAGCAGGAACAGGAGGAGGGAUGUGAGGAGGAGAUAAACCUCCGUUUCCACCACUCCUCUGCUCAGAGACAGUUGAUGUUAGAAAGCAGUACCGCUGGACAGAAACACAGGAUCUUGAGCAACAAGACAGACGGAUUCAGGUUUUUGGUUGCAGGAAGACAAGAGAAAAGAAAAGAUCAAGAGGAAAUAAAACCCACCAUCUUUUACCCGCCAUGCGGCCGCGAUCCAGACUUCUGACCAAGGGGAGAAAUAUGCUGCCCACAAUCCGAGAGGGCACCGAGGAGACGGCAAAUUUUGUAAACACAUUCCAGUUUGGUGACAGCAGCCAGGGAGUUUCAUCAGAGGACUACCUUAUCUCCAUCUGCCACCUGGCCCGGCCCACCUUCCCCAACAGAGAUGUUGCCUCCGAGAAAAUCCACACGCGGCAGCAGGACGCGGUGCAGCACAGGCUGAAGUCAUCACGGUUCAUCGGGACUACUUUAACCUCUUCUAAGGUCAAACCUAAAGAAGAGCAUUAUGUUGACCUGCAGCAGGAAGACAAAAAAGAACUAAACGGGUUCUGCAACCACGACCCUUUAGAGUUCCUUUACGGGAACCAGAACAACCUUUGUGCCUUGUCGGGAACUGUGAGGAAAGCCUUUGUAGAUGGGAAAUUUGUGAAGCAACACAGGAGUGUCAGAUCCAACAGCAGCCCCCAUGUUUCAGGUCCAGACUUCUCCUGCCAGAAUGAGAGCAGCUGCCCUGAAAUCCUUCCUUCAGUCCCAAAUCUUUGCCGAAAGCACAACUCAUCCAGAUUGGAGGCCAGGAGGAUUUGUCCAGAAGCCGAGGGAGAGAGACUGAAUCCAGGACUCAAACAGUCCUUCAUCUCUCAGUGGAUCUCAGACUGCAGGUCAGCAUGGAGGGAGGCGCGCUUACGAGCCUGUAUGCUGCCGGCCAUCUCUGAGGUGUAGGGAGAACAUGACAUUCAUAACGAGAUGCCCUAAUAUCUGUGGGUCACAGCAUGAGGCAUUAAACACGUGUUUGAAAAUGGAAUAAAACAAAUACAGUUUUCACCAGAACUCUUGAUGUUUGAUGUUUACCCCUCUAAAUGUGUCACCGCUGUUUUCUACCAUCCAUUGUUUUUUGUGGCCUGUAUGUUUAUCGAUGAAUAAACCAGUCUUUUGAUACCACCA